AUGGGAGAAACGUGUUAUCAGGUCGUCGCGGCCUGCGCGUGUCUACUGCUGCUCCUAUCCCACGCGUCCGCUAAGGCUCCUUCGUCCGAGCCGCCUUCCACCCAUGAAUCGGCUUCUUCUUCCAGACCAGCCCCUUCUCCCAAGUCGGCUGAUGCUCCCAAACCUGCUCUCGCUCCCAAACCUGCUCUCGCUCCCAAACCGGCUCUCGCUCCCAAGCCUGCGCUCGCUCCCAAGCCUGCGCUCGCUCCCGAGCCUGCUCUCGCUCCAAAACCUGCUCUCGCUCCAAAACCUGCUCUCGCUCCCAAACCUGCUCUCGCUCCCAAACCUGCGCUCGCUCCUAAGCCCUCUGCCUCCGGCAAAUCAGCUGGCUCACCUGAGCCUGCUCUUCCCCCCAAGCCGUCACUCGCGCCAAAGCACGCGCCCUCCCCAACCACCGCCGCGCUUUCCCCCAAGACCGCCCCCGCGUCGUCCCCCAAGACCGCCCCCUCGCCUGCGGAGAAGGCGACCGCACGGCUGAGCGCGGCGGACGAGGCGAAGCUGGAGGCGGAGGGAUGGAAGCUGACGGCCGAGAACCUGAAAACGCUGCGCGAGGAAGGAGCGGAGGUGUUAACGGAGGAGAAUGUCCAGAUGCUGACGGAGACGGAUCCGUCAAGUCUGACGGAGGAAGACGGAGAUAAGUACUUCCACUUUCACCACGUGGCGCACAUGGCGCAUCUGGCGCACAUGGCGCACCUCGCGCAGCUGCAGAGCAUGGAGGCGCACAACCAAGCGCAGGCCCCGGCGCAAGCGGUUCCGCCAGUCGCGAAGACGGCGGAGAAGAAGGCUGACGGCGCCGCGGAAACUGCGGGCGAGAAGAAUGCCGGCGCGCGGAGCGUGGAGACCCCCAACACGGUGAUUAAAGCCGCUGGGAUUGAGGGUCAGGACGUCCGCGAUAUUGAGAACGACAUCCUCGUUACUGACGACGUGAGAGUCACCGGCAAGGAGAUAGGUGUACCCGCUAUAACAGCAUCCGUCAAGAUUCCGAGCUCCGAAGCGGAUCUCAGUCCCAAGGGCGUCGUGGCGGCUGCGGAUGAAGCGGGCGACAUCGAGGCGACAGAUGCCAAGGAGACCAAUGCGAAGGCGACAGUUGCGAAGGGCGACGCGAAGGCUGCCGACGCAAAGGCGACAGUUGCGAAGGGCGACGCUAAGGCUACCGACGCAAAGGCGACAGAUGCGAAGGCUAAGGCCGACGGGAACGCUACCGACGCGAAUUGUGAGACGAAGGGCGAGGCCAAGGCUACAGCUGCGGACGAUGGUAUCAAGGCUACAGAUGCGAAGGCCGCGAAUGGCGCCGAUGAGAGCGGGGCGUCGAAACUGGCGGGCGUGAAAUCGAUGACCAGCGAGGUCGACAGUAGCGCGUACGAGGAGGAGAGCUGCCCCGCGGCGCCGCUGGACCAGUGCGACUUCUACUUCGAGGGGCACCCCGAGGACGUCCCCGUGUUCCGCCUCGAUAACGUCACACCAGAUACCGCUAUAAGCCCGCCGCUCGUGUCAAGCCGCAUUCAGCAGAUAAUUGAGGUGGAUCGCAGCGGCGCGGCGCAGUUUUUGUGCGCCAUGGACGGCGUGCGCGGCGAUGACAACCAGUUCUACCUCACCAAGCAGCAAUCCACGCUGCACGUCCGCACCUUCCAAACGCUGUCCUCGCCGCGCGACAAGUUCGAGUCGCGGUGCGUGAAGCUGUGGAUCGUGAACGCGCAGAUUCCGGCGCCCAACGGCUCGGUGGUCAACACGGCGCCGGGCGACGAGCUGCAAAAGGACUACCCCGACGCGCGCCGCUGCGUCGUCUUUAAAACCGGCCCCGUCGCGCCGCAGUCCGCGUCGUGCGGCCGCCAGCCCGUCUUCGCGCAAGCCGUCGGCUCCCCGCCCGGGGAUCUCGUUGUGCGCCCGUCGGCGCCUUCCCCGCCUUCCGCGCCGGGUGCGCCCCGCGCGCCGGGUUCUCCGCCUUCUUCCCCCGACAGCCCGCCAGGGGAAGACUCUCCGCCCUCCUCCCCGCCCUCUACCAAGACGAGUACCGACAGCCCGCCCUCCCUCUCCCCCUCGUCCCCCCCUUCCCCCGACUCCCCCUCCUCCCCCGGGACCCCCGACCGUCCCCCCUUGACGAAGAUUCAGACCUUGCAGCCGCCUUCCCCGCCCAAGCCCUCCCCUUCCCCGCGUGCUCCCGGUUCUUCCCCUGGCGUGCCUUCCACCGACCUCCCGCCCACGCCCCCGCACGCGCAGGUACUCAUUCCCCCCCUGGCAACCACCAAGACCCAGUCACCCCCGCCCCGCACGUCCACCCCGCCCCCGCCCACACCUUCCCCCGACUCCCCCUCCGGGCCAGUCACCCCCCAGUCCACCCCAAACUCCCCCGACGACACUCCCCCCGAAUCUCCCCCCGAGUCUCCCCCCGAGGAUUCCCCCGAGGCUCCCCCCGCGCCCAUUCCCCCCGCGGAGUUCCCCAAGCCGACAGGGCCGUGCAAGGUGAUGUGUCCGGCCAACCCCCUGUCUCUCUGCGACUUCUACUUCGAGCAGCAUCAGACCGCCGUGCCCCUCUUCCACCUCAACGGCACUGUUCCCGACUCCGCCAUCAGCCCUGCACUAAAGACAAACAAGCUGCCGCCCGGGAAGUUUGUCGAGGUGGACUCGGUGGACCACAACCGGCUGCAGAUUUUGUCCUGUGUGGAUUACACGUCGGCGCCGGCGAGCUACAGGGAGAUGUUUUACGUGACGGGGCAGAUCGGGCGGCUGCACCGGCGGGCCACGGAUGGGGAGAGCAUGCUGGGGUUCUAUGAUGGGGCGUGCGUGCGCGUGAAGCUGCAGUCGCUGCAGCUGGCUUAUAACGAGACGAAUGUGAUUAAUCUGAAUCCUGGAGAUGGGAACAAGGAGUUCCCGGAGUCGAGGCGAUGCAUCGUGUUCAAAACGGCCGUGUGA